GAAAUAACAAUGCGCAGCUGGAACUAAAAUCUCUUAAUUUUUGUAUCAUAAAAAAUUUAUGAAAAUAAAAUCAGAAAUGGCUAAUAAUGUAAUCAGUAAUGGCAGAAUACAACAUGCUAAUACUGCGCAGCGUACGAGAAGCGAUCAAAGUAAAAAAGUACCAGAUAUACCAGCUGUAGAAGUGAAAAACUGGCUCCUGCAUAGGCAUUAUACUCGACACGAAUAUAGGAUAUGUAAUGCACUAAUUGACGAGGAACUGUCCAAAUCCAAUGGAGAAAAUGAAUAUGCUAACUACCUGAAGGGGCUUAUUUUGAGAACAGAAGGAAAUGUGCAAGAAGCUUUGGAAUGUUUUCAGAAAUGUUAUCAAAUUGAUUCAUCGAACUUAAACAACAGAAAACAAAUUGCCAAAACCCAAUUUCUUUUGGGUCACCAUGCUCAAGCAGUGAAAGUUUAUGUAGACCUAAUUACUAAUAUGACGACACCAGAUUGGGAAACCCAUCACAAUCUGGGCGAGUGUUACAUCAAAUUGAAUCAACCAGAAGAUGCGAUAAAGCAACUAAAUUUAGCAAUCGAAUUUACAAAGAAUGAAGUGCCACAUUUGACGCUGGCUAAGUUUUACGUCUCUCAAGAUCGAGUUCCGGAUGCUGUAAGCACUUAUGUGGCUGCUUUGAAGAUUGCUCCCGAAAAUGAGAAAAUAGCAACAGAACUGGGUCUUCUCUAUCUGCAACUAGGAGAUAAUACACGAGCUAUUGAACAGUUUGAAACAGCCUUAUCGAAUUCACCCAACUAUUCGAAAGCACUCUUAUCAUUAGGUUUUAUAAAUCAGAUGGGAGAAGACUACGAUACAGCAUUAUCUAAAUAUAAAAUAGCUUCUCAUUCAACUCCAGAAUCUUGGUCCUUGUGGAAUAAUAUUGGCAUGUGCUUUUAUGGAAAACAGAAGUUCGUUGCAGCAAUUAGCUGUUUGAAGAAGGCUCAUUACUUGAAUCCACUGGCAUUACCACCAGCAUGCAAUUUGGGAACCGUUUUCUUGACGACUGGUCAACCGGCAUCCGCAGCAACCUACUUAUGUGCUGCAGUUUCCGCCAGUCCAGAAGCGGUUAUGCCAUACUUAUUACUUGGACGUAAGUAAAAGCUAUUUUGAGGCUACACUCGAAUUUUAUUUUCCGAAAUAAUUCUGGAUGUUCCCAGAUAUUAUUUAUAAUAUUAGUUUUAUCUUUUCUUUUUUUAUUUCUUGAAAUUAUUUAUAUAAA